AGUUCAUAGUUCAAGCUCCACGUGCUUGAAUCAACAUGGCGGCGCCUGCUCGAUAGAAGUGGAGCAGAAAGUAAAUAGAGGUACGGGAAGGAAUCAGCACAGUGAUGGCAGAUAUCAGCAGCAGCCCAGCGGCCAUCACUCCAGCCUCGCUCUCCCUGGAGGAGAAGCCUGAUGACCUCUCCAAAAAUGAUGUUGCCAAGCCUGAUGUUCAGGCUGAAGGAGAAAGCCAGGCGGCUCCUGACCCCGGCAUGUACCGCUACAUCAAAGAGGACCUAUUCACGUCGGAGAUCUACAAAGUGGAGAUCAGGAAUCUGCCCAGGUUCGUAGGCUUCAAUGACCUGAAGAAGUUCUUGGCCAAGCAUGGCCUCAACCCGCACAAAAUCAAGCUGUUUGGCAGGCAAACGUUUGCUUUCGUCACCUUCAAGAACGAGGAGGAGCGCGACAAGGCCAUGAAGAUGGUGCAUGGGAUGCAGUGGAAGGGCCAGGUGCUAAGUGUCAAGCUGGCCAAACCCAAGGCAGACCCCAUCUUGAGAAAGAGGAAGGAGAAUGAGGGGGAGAGCGCGGGAGGCCCGCCCCCAUGCAAACGAACAGACGAGGAAGAGGAGCCACUUAGUGUCCAGAUAGCCAACGUCGUGACACCUCUGUGGAACGUCUCUUAUGACGAGCAGCUGAAGAGGAAGGAACAGGAGGUGGUGGUGGUUCUGCAGAAGCUGGCCAAAGAGAUCGGCAGCACCAACAAAGCCAUGGUGCCGUGGCUGUUUGCACAGAAAGGGAAAUACAACAACAUGUGUUGUCCUCUGGAAGCCCUCCGACCGUCUCCUACACAGACAGAGUACAGAAACAAGUGUGAGUUCCUCAUAUCGGUGGGUGCAGAUGGCGAGGAUAAAACCAUCGGUUUUCGCCUGGGGAAAUACAAGGGAGGCUCCUGUGCUGUGGUGGGGCCGGCUGACACGUGCCACGUGCCGCCAGAGGCCAAGAAGGUGGUCAGCGAGUUCCAAAAGUUCAUCAGGACAACUCCAUACUCUGUGUACAGCCCAGAGACAUAUGAAGGACACUGGAAGCAGCUGACUGUACGUACUACGAGGACCAAACAUGCCAUGGCCAUGGUGUUCUUCAACCCACAGAAACUUGAAGAGGAGGAACUUGGUGCUUUAAAGAACUCCAUGAAGGAGUACUUCACAGAAGGAGAGGGGAAAGACAGCGGCGUGACCUCUCUGUACUUUGUAAGAGAGGGCCAAAGGAAAUCUCCAAACCCAGAGGAUCUCCCCUGUGAGCUGGUGGCUGGAGAGACCUGCAUUCAAGAGGAAAUGCUUGGUUUGAAAUUCAGGAUUUCUCCGCAUUCAUUCUUCCAGGUGAAUACAGGAGCUGCAGAGGUGCUGUACUCUGCUGUGGGGGAAUUGGCCCAGCUGGAUCAGGACAGCAUAGUACUGGAUGUGUGCUGCGGGACAGGAACCAUUGGCAUCUCUUUGGCUAAGAGGGUGAAAAAGGUGAUUGGGAUUGAGAUGUGCCAGGAAGCAGUGGAGGAUGCCAAAGUUAAUGCAAAGCUGAAUGGUCUCAGUAAUGUUGAGUUUCACUGUGGAAAAGCUGAGGAUGUGUUCCCCAACAUCCUCAAUGCUGUCGUUUCAUCCAGUGUGACUGCUAUCGUAGAUCCACCACGAGCAGGCCUACACUCAAAGGUGAUACUCGCAAUCAGGAGAGCUGAGCAUUUAAAGAGGCUGGUUUAUGUAUCAUGUAAUGCCAAGGCAGCAAUGACCAACUUCAUUGAUCUGUGCAGAGCUCCAUCAAACAGAGUUCAUGGAGCUCCAUUCCGUCCAGUGCGAUCCAUAGCCGUGGAUCUGUUCCCUCAAACCAUGCAUGUUGAGAUGAUUCUGCUGCUGGAGAGAGUGGACUACAGCGAAGACUCUGUUUUGUAGCUGGAGAAAUGGGUCUCUGUGCAGUUUGAUUGGCAAAUUGGGCUUCCUACUCUAUAAAUGUAUCCACACAGUACUCUGAAGAAUUAACAUUCUUUGUCAUUUACAUAUUUGUAAAGCCAAAAAAGUAACACAAGUUACCAUCUAGUUAAAUCCCAGUUUUCACAGUGAGCAAUAACUGUAGUGUCUUUUUGCAUGAACUUUUGUUAGCUUUGAUCUAAAGUUUAAUUUUCAAACUAAUAGUGUGUUUUUCUGUUAUUCCAAACAGUAUUCCAGAACUGGCUAAAAACUUAACCAAUAAAUUACCACCUCAGCUAACUUCCCCCUGUUUAGUUUUGAUCCUUCAAUCACUGAAUAAACAAAAGCUCUUGUAGUUAUUAGUCAAGACAUUUUUAUUUUGCAUAACAAAUAUCACCAAAGUCAUGGAGCUCAGGUUGCAAUACAUACUUCAUAAUCUAGGCAGCAACACUUCAAACAAGUCAUUGGUACAACUUAACAGCAACACAUGAAAGCAGUAUCCCCCCUCCCCCCGACACUUAUGGGCUUUGCAUGAAAACACAUACACAAAGGGAAAGCACAUUCGUAAAGUGAUCUGUACUAUCACAGGAGCCUUGGGUAAACCAAUGUGUCCUCUUGUAGAAAAACCACGGGCCAAAUACUUGAGAGUGCACAGCAGUUUCCAUUUUGUUCCAGCAAGUGACGGGUCUAUGCAUUUUCCUGUUAGUCCAUCCAUUCUCUUCAGUUCACAGCAACAUUGAGUUUUCUAUAAAAUGCAUAAGACUAUAAGCUUUGGUAUACACAGUUUCAUCAGCUUGUUGGACUGAAUGACUUUAUCGCUGUUGUUUACAUCAGUGCCAACUAAAUUUUACAAGGCUGCCUUGAAAGAAAAAGAAAAAAAUUCUAUUUGUGGCAAACGUAUACAAAAUACACAGUCCAUUCAGGUGAAUCCUACAAAUCUAGAUGAGUUGUAGGCAUAUUUUCUUGAGACGUUUCUUGGCCAUCUUUAACUGAAAACACUAUCCUAACAAAUGCUUUAUCAAGUAAAUAGAGAUUGGUCUUUCCACUUCUUGCUGAAGGGUGUUUUAGGUCCAAUGUACAAUAUAUACUCUUGAGCCCUUCAUGAAAUGGAUUAACUAAGGCAACAUGUAACCAACAUGAUUUUUUUUUUUUUUUUUUUAAAUAAGAA